CCGCUACAUCUACAUCACCUCAAGCAGUCCUUGCGAAACCUACAAUCUCUAUCAGACUCGGCAUUAUAGUCUUGCAACAAGAAACCCGACGUAGCUCCCGACCAUCCCCGAGGAAGCAACAAAGCAACAAGUCUAAUCAUCCUUUACACUCUCGGACUCGCACAUACAUAAAGCAGGAGGAAUCAUACCGAGGCAUGUCAAGAAUGGAAGCUCUACGUCAAGCCGCCCCUCCGCCGAGAAGGGGUAGACAGAUCGUCCUGUCAAGUGAUAGCGAGGGAGACAGCGACGUCCCCGUCGUCAUCAGCAGCAAUAGUAAGAAGAGCUUGAACACGAGCACGAAGCCUGCUUCUGCGAACAUGAGCGUGAACAAUCGGAACGGCGUGAUGAGACCUACCGAUGCUCAACAGGUCGAAGCUCACUCCCAAGCUCAAGGUGGUCGAGGACUACCUACCGCGCUGAAAGGCAGUGGCAAUGCCGACUCGGGCGUAGAGGCGUUGGAUUUUGAUAAGUUGAAGUUCGAUAAGGAUCGAUCGCAACAAGAGAGGGAUCAGAGGAGGCAUGUUAUCGAGGUGGAUUCAAGGGGUCAUAGGAGUAUGGGUCCGGAAGGUUCGAGGGGGAAGAUGACGAUGGCGGGGUUCAAACCGGUCUCGACUUCCGGCCCUGGUCUAAAUGCGAAGACUGACGUUUACCGAGGGAUCAGCUCCGCUCAGCCUGAAGCUCGGCCCGCCUCAAAUCCGUCGAAGCCGAGCUCGACCAACUCGGCUGAUUACGCCAAGUUCAAGUCCACGGGAGCCUUUGCCUCGCCUGCCAAACCUUCGAGUACAACCUUGCGAGUGGACCCUUCCAGCCCGUUCUACCGGCCUCAGAAGCAAGCACUACCUCAGGAUCAUUGGAUGGUCUCCCAGUUGAACGCUCAUCACGCCCAGCAGAGACAGAACGGACGACCUUCAGCUCCAGCGGGUUCGGGCGCAGCCAUGGGGAUGGGGCAGGAUUACGGGAUCGCAGCGGGAUAUACUGCCGCCCACGCUUCCGGGUCUGCUUCCCAACCCGGACCAGCCAAGCCCCGGACAGAGGAGGAUGGCGAAGAUUUUUCUUCGGCCCUUAACGAUAUCAAAGCGGACCCUAUGGAUUAUACCCGUGUCUCUGCCGAUCAGGCCGAGGCGGAUAUGAGGGAGUUGCUUUCCGGAGCUAUUGGAGAUGGGGAAGACAACACGGGCGGAGCGGAGGAAGGGGCAAACUUGGUAGAGGGGUUCGCAGACGGGAUGACUUUGAUGCCCCAUCAGAUCAGGGGAGUCAGUUGGAUGGGACAGAGAGAGGUGGGGACUAAGCGAGGUGGAAUCUUGGCCGAUGACAUGGGUCUGGGGAAGACGGUCCAGACGAUUGCCAACAUCUUGAAACGACCUAGGAACAAGGCAGAGGAAAAGCUGGGUUAUACGAACACGACCUUGAUUGUCACUCCCCUGUCCGUCAUGGAUCAGUGGGUCAAGGAGAUCAAGAACAAGACUUCACCGGGCCGAUUGAAGGUUUGCAGCUACCACGGACCUCAGCGUGGGAAAAUCGCGGAUAAGCUCCAUAAAUUCGAUGUGGUCGUCACGACCUAUAGCACUCUGAGCUCCGAACAUGGCGCCCCGGCCAAAUCGACCGUAUCCAAGGCCAAGGCCAAAUCCAAGGCGGCUUCGACGUUGCAGUCCGACUCCGAAAGCGGCUCGGAAUCAGACGGGGAGCGGUUCGGAAAGAGCUUGAAAAAGGCCAAGCCGAAGACGAGUCCGUUGUUCCAGAUCAAGUGGUUGCGCGUGGUCUGCGACGAAGCACAGCAGAUCAAGAACAGGAACACCAAGGCGGCCAAAGCUGCAGUGGCGUUAGACGCUAGGUUGCGUUGGUGUUUGACAGGUACCCCCAUUCAGAACAACGUCGAAGAGCUCUUCUCGCUAUUCCAGUUCUUGCGUGCCAGGCCUCUCGACGAUUGGGGUCAUUUCAAGGAACGAAUUAUCCAGCCGGUGAAGGCUGGGCGUCCUAAGCAAGCGAUGAAAAGGAUCCACGCCGUUCUUAAAGCCGUCAUGCUCAGGCGCACCAAGGAUGCUACUAUCGACGGCAAAGCGAUCCUGAACCUGCCAGCUAGAAACGUCAAUGUUAUCUCUUGCGAGUUUGAUCGGGCGGAACGAGACUUCUACGACGCUCUCGAAAAGAAGCAGGCAUUGACCUUCAAUCGAUUCCUGAAAGCUGGAACUGCGAUGUCCAACUAUACAUCCGUUUUGACGCUGUUGUUGCGGAUGAGGCAAGCGUGUUGCCACCCAUCUUUGGUCACUGCAUCGUUAGCGACCGACGCAUCCGCUAUUGAGAGCAAGCCGGCUACCAACGAUAAUCUGGAGGAUGACGUAGACGAGCUUGCCGAUUUGAUGCAGGACGCUGGACUUGGCAAAAAGGCCGCUAAAUGCGAGAUCUGUCUUGCUCCUUUGGAGGACCCCGCUGCGACUUCCUGUGACGACUGCCAGGAUUUCGUGAGAAAGGCAAGAGAGGGAUCCGACGCUACCCCCAACAUGCCGCCUAGCAGCGCCAAGACGCGGAUGACUGUCGAAAUUUUGAGGCAGAUCGCGGACCGAUCAGACGGUGAAGAGAAGACGAUCAUCUUCUCGCAGUUCACGUCGUUCCUCAACAUUGUCGAGCCGUUCUUGAAGCAAGCCGGCGUCAAAUACGUUCGAUACGAUGGCAGCAUGCGCGCCGAUAAACGAGAACAGGCUCUCGAAGCCAUUCGAAACAAACCCGAGAUCAAGGUCAUCUUGAUCUCGUUCAAAGCUGGAAGCACGGGUCUCAACCUAACUUGCUGCAACAACGUUAUCUUAAUGGAUCUGUGGUGGAACCCUGCUUUGGAAGAUCAAGCUUAUGAUCGAGCGCAUCGACUGGGACAGAAGCUCGACGUGCACAUCUACAAGCUCACCGUUCGAGAGUCCGUCGAGGACCGCAUCCUUAAGCUUCAAGAGGCUAAGCGGGAGCUAGCAAAGGCGGCUCUCUCGGGUGAUUCUACCAAGAACAUGAAGUUGCAGCUUCAAGACCUCAUGGACCUGUUUAAACCUGGCCAUACCUCUCAGGAUGACGACGAAUGAGUUGCUCUUGUUAUCUCUUACCCAGCUCAGCUUGUGACUCUGUUUCACACAAUUUGUAAUGACGCUCCAGCGGUUGUCCGUCUCGAUACUUGUAUACCCCUCCGAUGUUUCAUCUGUUAAGACUGCCCAUUUGCCUCGCCA